AUGGCUUCGACAGUUGGCAAGCACAAGAACCUUGUUGUCUACUUUGAUCAUGAUGAUAGUUGUAUUAGCUUUGAUUGGGAUGACAUUAUAGGCAAUCCAGCUACAUACUUGCCCAAGGUUAUCAACCCUAAGGAGGAUAAUCAUGUGCCAAAGAAAGAUGGAGAGAAAUUGCCUGGAUUCUAUAGAAACUUGGAAACUAACAUGGAGCAUGAUGAGCAGGUAAAAGCAUCUGAAGACAAUGACAAAAGCAAUACAGAUAGUGAAAGUGACAUUGAUUAUGAGGAUUUUCUUGAUAGUGACUAUGAAUUAGAAGAUGGUGAUGAUGACCUGUUUGCAUAUUAUGUUGAUGAAACUGUUGAUGGUGAGGAGGUGGUCAAAGGUGACAAGAUAUCAAAGGGAAAGAAAGCAAAAGGAAGCAUAUUGAAAGUUCAGGCAAAAAGGUGUGAUGAUUCAAGUGAAGAUGAAGACUUGGAAAUUCCUGAGGAUGGUGGAGACGGUGGGGUAAGGCUCAAAUUUAGGUCAUGGAGGGAAGAAGACAUUAACAAUCCAACUUUCAGAGUUGGUCUUGUAUUUCCUUCAGUUCAAGCAUUAAGAGUAGCUAUUGCUGAGUAUGCAGUUAGGAACAGGGUGCAAAUCAAAAUGCCAAGGAAUGACAAGCAAAGAAUUAGAGCCCACUGUUCUGAGGGAUGUUCAUGGAACCUGUUUGCAUCAGAAGAUAGCAGAGCCAAAGCCUUUGUAGUGAAGACUUAUUUUGGUGAACACAACUGUCCAAGAGAGUGGGUUAUCAAGCAAUGUACAGCUAAAUGGCUUGCUCAAAAAUAUAUUGAAUCAUUUAGGGCAGAUGACAAGAUGAGUCUCACAAAUUUCUCAAGGACAGUACAAAAAGAAUGGAACUUGACACCUUCAAGGAGUAAACUAGCUAGAGCUAGAAGGAUUGCCAUGAAAGCAAUUUAUGGAGAUGAGGUGCAACAGUACAAUAAACUAUGGGAUUAUGGAAAUGAAAUUAGAAAAAGCAACCCUGGCUCAACAUUCUACUUAAAGCUUAAGGGUAGUUUGUUCAGUCAGUGCUACAUGUCACUUGAUGCCUGCAAAAGAAGGCUUCUUAGUGGAUGCAGGCCUAUAAUAUGUUUGGAUGGGUGCCAUAUUAAGACUAAAUUUGGGGGGCAAUUGUUAACUGCUAUUGGGAUGGAUCCAAAUGACUGCAUAUAUCCUAUUGCAAUGGCUGUAGUCGAAGUGGAGUCUCUAGUUACAUGGAAAUUGUUUUUAGAAACACUUGUCCAAGAUCUUGGUAUUGACAAUACUUCUCCUUGGACCAUAAUGACAGAUAAACAGAAGUACAACAUGUUUUUCCAGACUGAGCAUAGGUUUUGUGUGAGGCAUCUAUAUUCCAAUUUUCAAGGUCGGUUUAAGGGAGAGGUCUUGAAGAAUCAAUUGUGGGCUUGUGCUCGGUCUUCUUCAGUUCAAGAGUGGAACACCAACAUGGAGAAGAUGAAGGCAAUUAACCAGGAGGCUCAUGAGUGGCUUGAAAAGAUGCCACCAAGUACAUGGGUAAAGGCAUUUUUCUCUGAAUACACAAAGUGUGAUAUCUUGUUGAACAACAACUGUGAGGUAUUCAAAAAGUACAUAUUAGAUGCUAGAGAAUUGCCCAUACUGAGUAUGUUUGAGAAAAUAAAAGGACAAAUCAUGACUCGACACUACAACAAGCAAAAGGAGCUAGUAGAAAAAAUGCAAGGAACUGUUUGUCCAAAAAUUAGGAAGAAGGUGCUAAAGAAUGCUGAUGCAGCAAAUCUGUGCUAUGCCCUGCCAGCAGGACAAGGAAUCUUCCAAGUUCAAGAAAGGGACUUUCAGUUUAGAGUUGACAUCAUUGCUAAGAGUUGUGAUUGCAGGCGAUGGAACCUGACAGGUAUCCCUUGUAAUCAUGCUAUAUCUUGUCUAAGACAUGAAAGAAUCCCAGCUGAGAGUGUAUUGCCUGAAUGCUACUCCACUGAGGCAUUUAGCAGAGCAUAUGGUUUUAAUAUAUGGCCCUGCAGUGAUCAAAGCCAGUGGGAGAAUGUGAAUGGACCUGAGAUUCAGCCUCCAAUGUAUGAGAAGAAGGUUGGCCGGCCACCAAAGUCGAGAAGAAAGCAACCAUAUGAAGUGCAAGGGAAAAAUGGACCAAAGUUGACAAAGCAUGGUGCGGUUAUUACUUGUAGCCAUUGUAAAGGAUCUGGGCAUAACUCAAAAGGUUGCAAGCUGAAAAAGGAUGGCAUCAGCUCUGAAGAUGCAAAAAAAAUGGUUGCAGCAGAACAACAGCUAUCUGAACCACCAAGUGAUGACCCUGUAAAUGUCAUGUCUCAGGCUUCUCAGUCCAGUGUGCUAUCUCAACCUCAAGGGCCAUUGCCAGACUCCCAAUUCAUCCUUGACAACAGACCCCCAGCAAAGCCUGCUCCACUUACAACAUGCUCCAAGGAAGUCAAAGCUGCUGCUACGAAGAAGAGAAAAGUGGCUCAGAAUAAUAGUGCAGUAGAAACCAAGAAGAGAACUGGACCACAAAGAACCAAGAAGACUGGACUUGCACCUGGAACCAGCUGA